AUUUCUUGUUCCGUAUUCAUCUUCCGCGGUCUAGAGCUAUCGUAAUCGUCGUUUCUUUCUUUUCUUCUUUUUCUUUUUUUUUUGUAUUUCACUCUUACAAUCUUAGUAUUUGUUAGCAAUUUCAUCAUCAAUGGAAAACGGUGACAGUAAUCUUCAUAUAGCAAUGUUUCCAUGGCUAGCAUUUGGUCACAUGAUCCCCUGGCUAGAGUUUGCCAAAUUACUUGCAGAGAAAGGUCACAGAAUCUCCUUCAUAUCCACUCCUAAAAACAUCGAUCGUCUUCCAAAAAUCCCUCCAUGCUCGUCACCUCUUAUAAACUAUGUCAGAAUUCCAUUGCCAUCACUACAAGGUCUCCCUCCAAAUGCAGAGGCCACCAUGGAUUUACCACCUAGCAAAGUUCGGCACCUGAAGAAAGCCGUCGACAUGCUCCAACAACCCAUGACUCAUCUUCUUGAAUCAUUAGCUCCUGAUUGGGUUCUUUUCGACUUUGCUCCUUACUGGAUUCCUUCGGUUGCUGCUAAACUUGGUAUUAAGAGUGCUUUCUUCACUAUAUGCACUGCAACAAUGGUAGCUUUUCUUGGUCCAUCAUCUCUCUUGAUCAACGGUGAUGAUGACAGGAAAAAACUUGAAGACUUCACUGUCCCACCAAAGUGGGUUACAUUUCCUUCAACUAUAGCAUAUAGGUACUAUGACAUCAAGAACACUUUCGACUGCGCAGAGGAUAACAUUUCAGGUGUCAGUGAUUUCCUUCGCUGGGGAUGGUGUCUAAAAUCCAGUGACAUUAUAAUGGUGCGCUCCUGCUCAGAAUUUGAACCUGAAUGGCUUGAACUUCUCGAGUCAAUCCACCAGAAAAGGGUUUUCCCCGUCGGCCAGCUUCCUCCGACUGCUUGUGAGACUGAUGACAAGACUGAUUCCUGGAGAUGGAUCAAAGACUGGCUUGACAUGCAAGAAAAGGGUUCUGUAGUGUAUGUAGCAUUUGGUAGUGAAGCAAAACCGAGCCAAGAACAACUUACUGAGUUAGCUCUAGGAAUAGAGCUCUCUGGCAUGCCAUUCUUUUGGGUAUUAAGGAACCGGCGUGGUGUUGCAGACACUGAGUUGACCGAAUUGCCACCUGGAUUUGAGGAGAGAACAAAAGGACGCGGUGUGGUUUGGACGAGUUGGGCACCUCAACUCAAGAUUUUAGCUCAUGAAUCGACUGGUGGUUUCUUGACUCACUCAGGGUGGAGCUCAGUAGUGGAAGCACUUAUGUUUGGAAGAGCAUUGAUACUAUUGACAUUCUAUGCAGAUCAAGGGAUAAAUGCUAGAGUUUUGGAAGAGAAGAAGAUCGGUUAUUCGAUACCAAGAAACGAGUUCGAUGGAUCGUUUAAGAGAAACUCAGUGGCCGAGUCAGUGAAGUUGGUGAUGGUAAGUGAAGAAGGAAAGAUUUACAGAGAUAAAGCCAAAGAGAUGAGCGGGUUGUUUGGUGAUAGGGCAAGGCAAGAUAACUAUGUGAAUAACAUUUUGAGUUACCUUAAAGGCAAUAGACCUACAAAAAGGGUCAUAUGUUAAUUUAUUUCAAAUUAUAUUUUUAUUCUAAUAAAUUUGCAAAUAUAUAUUAAUUUUAUAUUUCUUAAGCAAUAAAAAAAUUAUUUAUAAUAAAAUGGUUAUUGAUGUGAGUUUUAAAAUCUAUGGGUUCUUAUAUAUAUUUUUAUUUUUAUUGUGUUAAAAUAUAAAAGAAUAAUAUUUUAAUUCUUUUAAAAUUUAUAAUUUUUGUGAAUUUUUUUAUUCUUAAUCGGUUAUUUUUUGGUAAAAUAACUGAAAGCAACCGAAAAAAAAUUGAAAAAUAAUUGAAAAACGAUAACGCUAAGAAUUUAAAAAAAUAAAAAAAUAGUAUUAACAAAGUAUAUACAAAUCUUUUACAAAAGAAAUCAGGUCACCAACGGAAUCUACUGAGAUGCCUUUGUCAAUUAUAAAUACAUUAUAAUACAAAAAAGUUUGAUAUAAAAAUUCGGCCAUGAGUCACUCCGAGGAAGAGGACAAAUCAAGUACACAAGGACGAUCAAGCCCUGCCAGAACUUAAUGUGACCUAUAUAUCAGAAUGGUCAUUUUUGACAUUACGCACAGGAAAAGCCAUGUAAUAUGGCUAUUUAAAAGCAAAUCAUCAUUAACCCAUUAUCCUCAUCAACAUCCACUCCAGCCACAGCAUAAGUAAUGGAUGCUCAGAGCAGCACCCUCGUCCAAGAUCCUUUAAGGUCUGUUACAGUCGGUGGUAACACCAGCGCAGGAAAAGCAAUUUGCAGGUGCGGUGAAGGGUAUACAUGUGUUAUUACCAGGACUGUUGGACCUGAUGCAGGCAAGACCUACAAAUGCACUGGAAAUUGCACAUGCGUCUUAGAUGGGAAUGCUGAUGAAGGCUCAAUCGUGCAGCAGAAACUAGAGAGCCUCGGUGAAAGCAGCGCAUACUGCGAGUGUGGUGAAGGAUGGAGCUGUGUCAUCACCAAAACUUAAGGUCCUGAUGCAGGAAAAGCCGGCUUUGAAUGUGCUGGGGGUUGUACAUGUGUCACUACUGCCUGAUAAACCUAAGUGCGCACCUCAGCAUAUCUGUAUUUAUCUGGUUAGAUUAAAAUUUGGCACUUUGUUGUAUUGUAGUCCUGUUUGUGAGUUCGCUUGCUGAUUGUACAACAAUGAAUAAAGUUCUGCCCGAAAACUCUCCCAAGUCUUUUGGAUCGUAAAAAACAAAACACAAAAAAAAAAACAUAUGGUUCUUAUGUGUGUUUUCAUGUUGAUUGUAACAUAAUAUCUAAGAAUAUGUCUGAAAGCUCUCUCAACUCUUGUGGUUAUAAAUGCCAUUCCCCUUAUUAUAAAAUACUGUGGUGGAUUGAGUUUUA